UGUACAUCUUAGCUUUAACCGCCGGACCAAAGAAGAAGAAGGUGAUAAAAUGUCUGCUGUCUGUAUUAAAGCAGGGCUAUAUCUCCACAUGAGUGGUAGAAUAUUUAUUUGUAAAAGUGAACACUUAUGGCUUAGGAGGAAUUUUUCCGUGAGCUCAGCAUGGUACCAAAACGCCACGGCUCCAAAACCAGGGUCUGUGGAAGAACUUGUCAUUCCAAAAAAGAAGACAUGGGACAAACUAGCCAUUCUGAAAUCACUUGCCUCCACUGUCAAGAAGGAUCCCACUGCAGCACCUUAUAUCUUUCCAGAUGACUCCUACCUCAUCCCAAGGUCAAUGAAUGAGUUUAGACAGUGUUCUCUUUCCAUGGAAUCUGGCCGAAAUGCUGCGAAGUACGUUAUCAACACUUUCCCUAAAUUCUUCCGGAAGGACUUUGCUGAACCUCAUAUCCCUUGCCUGAUGCCUGAGAACCUGGAGCCUCAGAUCGAGGAGGUGUGUGAGGCUGCCCUAGUGGAGAGGAUUAAGCUGAUGAAGGUGAAAGCGGCUGUGGACAUGUACGAUCAGCUCCUCCAGAAUGGCACUGUGGUGUCCACAGACUCCACAAAUGACCUGCUUGAUCUGAUCUGUUUCUAUGGAGCCUCUGUGCAAGGGGAGGCAUUGCAGGAAGAGUUGGAGGAUCAAGAGGAGAAUUCAAACGGCAAGGAAUGGGACCGUAUGGCAACCAACAAAUCGCAGAAAGGCUGGAGAAGGGACAAUGCUGCAGAGAGAAUCUUUAACCUGAUGCCUGAAAAAAACGAGAGAGCCUACUGCACUUUGAUCCGAGGCAUGGUCAAGUUCAAAGCUCACACAAUGGCCUUCAACACUUACGAGGACAUGCUGAACGACAGACUGACAGCUGAUGUUCACACCUUCAAUGCCCUGAUCAGUGCUGCCCCUAAUGUCAGGCAGUUUUUCCAUGAGAGGUCGAACCUGAUCCUGGAGCUACUUCAACAAAUGGAGAAGCAAAAGGUGAGGCCCAACCUGCUGACAUUCAAUGCAGUACUGAAGAGUCUGCGUGAAUGUGGCUCUCUGGGUAGAACUCAGGCCCUACUCACGCUCGCUGAGAUGAAGGCCCUCCACAUUGAACCCAGUUUGGCAACUUAUUAUUAUGUCCUGGAUAUUUUCUUCAAGACAGCUUCAUUUGAUCUUAAGCCCACGACAAUCAUCUAUGAUGUGAUGGAUGAAGUGUCGGGAAAGCACUUUUCUGCCCAAGAUCCAGAUGACGUGCUAUUCUUUGCCUAUGCCAUGCUAAUAUGUUUGCGGCUGAAGGAUAUUGAUCUGGCAUACAAACUGCAAAGGCUCCUGGAAGUAGGAAACAACUGGCAGCUACUGGGAGAUCCUCGCCAACAGAGCAUAUACUAUGCAAAAUUCUUCAACCUGCUCUGCAUGAUGGAACACAUCGAUGUGAUACUGAAGUGGUAUCGAGAGAUCACCUCCUCGCUGUACUUCCUCAGCUCUUCAGCACUGAUGGAAUUGCUCCAGGCGUUGGAUGCAGACAACAGGCUAGACCUCAUUCCAGAGAUAUGGAAAGACAUAAAGUGGAUGGGUCACGGGCAUAGGGCAAAUCUGGUGGAGGAGGUACUAGCACUGAUGGCCCGGGACAAGCACAGCCCAGAGGUUCAGGAGUCCUUUGCAAACUGCGUCCUGGAUGUGAAGAAGGUGUAUCAAAACAGGGACCAGUCUACCAAGACUCUGGCAUGGACAGCCAGUGCUCUGGGAAACAUCACCUCCGUCCUGCUGGCCGCCUCCAGGACACAGGAGGCCAGGGAUAUGCUGGAGCUUUUCUCCAGAAACAACAGAGUCCCCACGGCGGAACUACUGGAGGAGUUUGUGAACUAUGCCCAGCGCAUUGGUGACCCCCAGCUGGCUGUUGAGCUGGUGCAGCUCUCCAACAGCUUCAGCCUGCCUACCACUGCAAAACUCUCCCACAGGGUGGCGCAAGACUUCCUGCUCAGCGACGAGCAAAAGAAUGCUCUUCCAGAAAUGGAACACAGCGACAGUGAGAGCAACAGUGAGUGACAGUGAAAGCGACAGUGAAAGCAAAAAGGAAUGAUGUCCAGCAGCUGCUUUUGCAACCUUUUUAGGGUGAACUGCCUCUAAUGGCCAUGACGACUCAUUUUUACAAAGCUCUGUGUGUCUGAAAUCUAAUAAAAUAUAGAUGAAACCA